AGAGGAGAAGGCACAAAGAAGGAAGUGGUAGGACUGCCAGGAUGGGGAACAAUCUGCAGAGGGGAGACAGGUGUCAGCAGAACACUCAAGAGACACCGUGGAAUCUGAGGUUCCAAAACACGAAGCAGAGAACACCCAGAUGCUGGGUUCACCACUCCACGGAAGGGUGUUUCUGCUUGCCAUGGAAAAAAGGACGCACCUUGAAAGCAAGACAAAGCUCCCCAAAGGGAAAUGAAAGAGUGACUCCUGUUCCCAUCCAGACCCCAACAGAGGAGCUGUGCUACGUCCUCAUCAACCAUAGUGCCUUCAGGAAGCAGCCAUCAGGAAACUCUGCUGAGGUGUACUAUGAGAACAUUGCCUACAAAGCUGAGAGGCCCCGGCAAUCUUUGGGAGGGACAGAGACUGAAUAUUCACUUGUCCAUGUGCCUUCCACCCCUAGGUACCCACCUCACCCAGAAGGUGACUAUGACCUUCUCAUGCCUAGCAAAAUCUCUCACUCUCUGCAAUAGCCAAGGUGCCAUGCACAGCCCCUUAUGAGAUUCAACUGCCCCAUUUUCCAAUGAAAUGAUUGGACUAGAGUUUGUUAGGCUGGGGGAUUUGGGUGAGUACAGGCAUGAGGCACAAAGCUCUCCAUCUUGCUUCUUCUACAAGGUCUCUGUAGAGAAAAAGCUGUCAUGCACAGGUCCAUUUACAUUCUGUUCGAUGUCCAACAUCUGCAAGUCAACCACUAUAUUUGAGAAAGGAGGUGACAUCUUUGGAUUGAAGUGGUAUGAAAGUACUUUGUAAUGGGAAAGGCUCUCCCAUCUUUACAGCUGUGUCCACCUCAAAAGGCUGUUUUUAUGCCUAGGCUCUUAUAAAAUAAUACCAUGACUUCUACUCUGAAGUCGGAGGAAGCAUAUGUCUAUAUAUAUGUAUAUGUAUAUAAUUUAAGUGUCCCCCAAAGGGGGACACUUCUAGCAGUGACCUUCUAGCUCUGCUCUGUUCCCCACAGGGUUCCUUGACUCAUUAGUCCCUGUGGUUGAUUAUGUGAGGUGAAUCAAGGGAUUACAGUUUUUAUAUGAUUUUCUACUGUGAGGCAAAGAAUGAAAAUCCUGGCCCUAUGAAUACUAAGCUAAUGUUCUGACACUAAAUUACAACCCCUACUCCUCUUACAAAUCUUUAAUAAGACAGGCGUGGGCUGGGAAGGUGGCUCAGUGGUAGA